AUGAUUUAUACCAAUUGCUACAAUAUAAGCAUGAGUUCUAACACUUCGGGCAAACAAUUAAGUGAUCGACUGUUGGAUGCGUUGGAGGAGUCGAUGGCGAAGAUGUUUACCACGGAUUACGUCCAGAAGACACUAAUGACGGGCGAAAUGAGUGAUGAAAACAUACGGUACGCAAAGAUUCAAUGGAAGGCAUCAAAAGACAGCUAUUCAGUCAUUGGUAUCGCGAGUGUGGUGAGUAUCGCGAGUGUCGUGAGUAUCGUGAGUAUCGCGAGUGUCGCGACACUAGUAUCGGUAUCGUAUCGGUAUCGCGACACCGAUACCGACACUCAGUGUCGCGAGUAUUGUAUCGCGAUACCGAUACUCAAAUUUCAAUCUCUAAAUCACAUAUACAAUAAAACACAUGUAAUAUAUUGUGGACCUGAGGAGGAAGAGGCGGCCGAAGACAGUUUGAUCCCAUUUUAUGAGCGAUUCGGUAAUGGAGUUGAAUGUCCCGAAAAUGUGGACAUUCUUAGGGAGAAGUGCAGCGAAUUGGGCACAAGUGAUAUUCCGAUCGGCAAAUUUCAUAAUCAUAAUAGUAGUCGUGAAGUGAUUAUUUUGUCACGUAUAUUUUUAGCCCUAAUUACAAACGCCAAACUAACCGAGACGAAACAACUGCGCGACCGUUUUAUUGGUUAUCUGGAAGAGGCUGUCACUCAGCCAAGAAUGAACUUGGCCGAAAUACUGUGGUAUAUUUUCAUUUCCCGUGACUUCUGGGAAAACGUGAUCAAUUUGCACGAUGACCAGCAUGGUUUCAGGGAGUUCUCCCGCAGACAGAUUGAAAUCUAUCCGUCAGUCCUGACCAGAGCUGAGACCAUAUUUGGAGUGAAAGCGGACGUCAAGUGCGAACUCGGCCCGACAUACCCGGAGCCUAAACACAAAUCAAUCACGGUGGCUAUUGUUAAAAUAUUCACCAAUUCUCACUCUUCGGGAUUAAGUGAUCGACUGUUGGAUGCGUUGGAGGACUCGUUGGCGAAGAUGUUUACCACGGAUUACGUCCAGAAGAUACUAAUGACGGGCGAAAUGAGUGGCGAAAACAUACGGUUUGCGAGAAAUCAAUUGAAGGGAUCGAAAGACAUUUUUUCAGGCGAGAACUCAUCUCUAAUAUCAAUACAACAAACAUUAUUAUUUGAGAUAUUAACUCUUAUGAAACGGGCGUAUAGUCUGGCUGUGACUGAAACCGAUAGGAAAUCACUGGACGUAAAGGCAAUGAACGACAAAAUGACUAAAUAUUACGAUCAGUUUGAGAGUGAAUUGGGAGGCAUUGGUCCGGAGCUGACGGCACGGCCUAUGAACGGGUCGGCCGUUGAUUAUGUGCUAAUGUAUUACCGAGAGCUGAAACGGGGGUCACUUUUGCGGAUAUUAGUUAUAAGACUGGUUGCAAAUUAUACGGUCUAUGAGAUACACGAGUAUCUGAAACGUCAGCCCCAAUACAGACCCAAUGUGUUGGCCAACUGUAUGCUGGCGACAGAGUUGGAUAUUAAACGAGCGUUGACUGUAGGGAAGGCUAUGAUAGACUGUAACGGUGCCCACAUAUCACCGGCCGAAGAGCUAGUCAAUACAGACCCAAUGUGUUGGCCAACUGCUAUGAUAGACUGUAACGGUGCCCACAUAUCACCGGCCGAAGAGCUAGAGCUGAUCCAAUUGGCUAAGGCUUCCUUGGCUUUGGAGUGCAAUUUUCACCUUAAUCCAUAA